GGUGUGUCAUUUAUCCUCAUUGGAUUGGCUGCUUACGUUCGGCUGAGUGCCUAUGUAACCAGUAUUGGAAUCGUUGGUGGAAUCAUCGCCUGUGGUGUGUUUCUAGCUGUACUGGCUAUCGUCGGACUCAUUGGGACUGUGCGUCACAGUCAGGCAGUCCUGUUCUUCUACAUCCUCCUUCUAUUCAGUCUGUUUUUGGUCCAAUUUUCGGUGGCUUGCGCAUGCCUUGCACUAAGCACUGCAGAUCAACGAUCCAUUGUGGCCACAGCUUGGGCGAAAAGUCCGGAUGAGGCCAAAAUUGAUAUGAUGCGAGGGCUGCAGUGUUGCGGUUUUCGACGAAGAGAUUUACCUCCAAACGAUCCUAUGGGUCAUCCACCGUGUAAACUGGCUCAGAUUCCAUGUUGCGAGGGUGAACCCAAUCGGCAUGCUCUUUGUUGUCAAGGUCCGACGAAUACACAUUGGACAAACUCGUCAACCUCGAUGUCUCACACGUCUCUGUCCCCCACGGAUUUAUCUGCUUGUCCAUGCACAACCACCUGUUGGUCAGUGGUCGAACAAAAGUUGGAACGUGGAACACGGCUGACCGGCACGGUUAGCCUGUUGUUCAGUGUGGUCGAGGUAAGCGUCGUUUAG